UGCCAUGACAACCUCCGAGAGUCUUGUCUUUAAUGUACCGAGGGGGCAAGUAGUUUUGGACGUCAUAUACGCCUGGGGAGGAGGGUUAGGUACUGGGCACAAUAACAGAUUAUCUGUUGCCGGUCGAUGCUGUUAGUUUGUUCAUGUAUGUGCGUGUGAUCGUGAGUUUGUAUGCAAAAACAAAUGAGAAGAAGAGCCACAUCCCCUCGGCGUAAGGAAGAGAUCCAGUUAACAACACAGCAGCAAUGGAGCACUUAUGCGGGUCCACACUUCCAUUCUGGGAUUCCAAUCUCACCUUGCACAAACACAUGCCCGACUUACCAGAAUGUUUUCAGAUGUCGAUACUACAAUGGGCUCCUUGUAUCUUCCUGUGGGUAACUUCCCCUUUCUACGUCCUCUACCUCAAGAGGAACAACAGAGGCUAUAUCAUGAUGUCUAUAUUAAACAGAAUCAAAACAGUUCUGGGUUUGAUAUUGUGGAUAGUAUGCUGGACAGAUCUAUUUUCUGCAUUUCAUGAGAUGAACCAGGGUCACUCUAAACCUCCCAUUUAUUUCAUUACACCUUUAAUAGUCGGCAUGACAAUGUUGUUAGCCACCUUCCUUAUCCAGUUUGAAAGGUUAAAAGGUGUGCAGUCAUCCGGUGUGCUUUUCAUCUUUUGGACAGUCACAGUGCUGUGUGCCAUCGUGCCUUUCCGCUCCAAAAUUAUUCGGUCCAAUCAAGAGAAUGGGGUGGAAGACAAGCUGAGAUUCACAACGUUCUACAUUUAUUUCGGGCUCACCCUGCUUGAACUCAUCUUAUCAUGCUUCAAUGAAAAGCCACCUCUUUUCUCCAAUGUGGUAACAGAUCCUAAUGUAUGUCCAGAAACAACUGCUGGAUUCCUAUCAAGAAUGACCUUUUGGUGGUUUACAAGCAUGGCUAUCAAAGGCUACAAAUCCCCAUUAGAGAAUAAAGACCUGUGGUCUUUAAACAAGCAAGACAGUUCAGAGGUGGUGGUUCCCAGUCUGCUUAAUGAAUGGGAGAUAGAGAAAUCCAAAGCACUUAGUGAACAGAGCGCGAAGGAUCAGGCCACAUUUACGAAACCUGGCACCGGUGCUGACACCAACCAUGUUGGUGGCAAUCCUGAAGAGGCGGAGGUUUUGCUGUCCAAACGAAAAGAGUCCCGGCAGCCCUCCUUUCUGCGGGCCUUGCUCAGAGCUUUCGGACCCUACUUCCUCAUCGGCUCUGCUUUCAAACUGCUGCAGGAUCUCAUUACCUUUGUCAACCCUCAGUUUCUCAGGAUGUUGAUUGGCUAUACCAAACAGUCAGACGCUCCGGCGUGGUGGGGCUACGCUUUGGCCUUUCUGAUGUUCGGCACUUCCCUCCUGCAAACGCUCAUCUUGCAUCAGCACUUUCAGUACUGCUUCGUAACAGGCAUGAGGCUCCGGAGUGCAAUCGUAGGGGCCAUCUAUAGGAAGGCACUUAUAAUCACGAAUGAAGCCAAGCGGUCAUCUACGGUGGGAGAGGUGGUCAACCUGAUGUCUGUGGAUGCCCAGACAUUCAUGGAUCUAACCACCUUUCUUAACAUGCUAUGGUCAGCCCCACUCCAGAUCAUUCUUGCUCUUUUCUUCCUCUGGAAGAAUCUGGGUCCCUCAGUACUUGCUGGGGUGGCAGUGAUGGUUCUGCUAAUUCCGUUCAAUGCUUUUAUUGCUAUGAAGACCAGAACUUACCAGGUGGAACAAAUGAAAUAUAAAGAUGAACGCAUCAAGCUAAUGAAUGAGAUUUUAAAUGGCAUAAAGGUGUUGAAGCUCUACGCUUGGGAGGUCUCAUUCAAGGAGAAGAUCCUUCAGAUUCGAAAAAAAGAGCUUAAUGUGCUGCGUAAGACGGCCUACCUCAGUGCCCUCUCCACCAUGGCCUGGACCAGUGCACCAUUCAUGGUAGCCUUGACCACAUUUGCUGUUUAUGUGACGGUGGAUAAAAAUAAUAUCUUGGAUGCAGAGAAGGCUUUUGUGUCCUUGUCUCUUUUCAACAUCUUAAGAUUCCCCUUGAAUAUGCUCCCACAAGUCAUAAGCAGCAUUGUACAAGCCAGUGUGUCUCUGAAACGUAUCAAGGAUUUCCUGAGUCACGAUGAGUUAGAUCCAGAGAACGUAGAUAGAAAAAACAAUACUUCAGAAUAUGCGGUGACAGUGGUGAAUGGGAAGUUUGCAUGGGCCAAACAAGAUCAACCCACUCUUGAAAACAUUAAUGUGAUGGUGCCUCAGGGCUCUUUGCUGGCAGUUGUUGGACAUGUGGGCUGCGGAAAGACCUCUCUUGUGUCCGCCCUGCUUGGAGAGAUGGAGAAACUCGAUGGCCAGAUCUCCAUACGUGGAUCUGUGGCUUAUGUACCACAACAAGCUUGGAUCCAGAAUGCCACUUUGAGAGACAACAUCUUGUUUGGAAGGCCCUAUGUGGAGCAAAGGUAUCGCUGUGUGCUGGAGGCCUGUUCUCUUACCCCUGACCUGGAAGUGCUUCCUGGUGGUGACCUAACAGAGAUAGGAGAGAAGGGCAUUAAUCUGUCUGGUGGUCAGAGACAGAGAGUAAGUUUGGCCAGAGCACUGUACAGCGAAUCAGACGUUUACCUCCUGGAUGACCCACUGUCUGCUGUGGACGCUCAUGUUGCCAAACACAUUUUUGACAAUGUUGUUGGACCCGAGGGAAUGCUCAAGGGCAAGACCCGGAUACUUGUGACCCACGGGAUCAGCUUCCUGCCUCAGGUGGAUAACAUCCUCGUGAUAGUGGAGGGCAGGGUGUCAGAGAUGGGCUCCUACCAGGAUCUUCUCAAGCAGAAUGGAGCUUUUGCCGAAUUUUUAAGAAACUACUCACUGGAGGAUAUCAUUGAAGAUGAUGAAAUGACCCUUUCAGUGGUUGAUGAAGAAGAGGAAUUUCCAGAGGACGCUCUCAGUAACCACAUUGACAUGGUGGACAAUGAACCUGCAGUAAAUGAGGCACGGAGACAAUUCAUGAGGCAGAUCAGUAUCAUGUCCAAUGACAUGGAGAACCCAAAGAACAAGUCCAUCCGUCACCGGCGCUGCAGUGUAAAGAAACUUGCAGAGCCCCAAGUGGAGAAGAAGGAACAAAAGGGGGAGAAGCUCAUUCAAGCAGAAACGACCGAAACUGGGCGGGUGAAGUUAAAGGUUUACUGGGAGUAUGCAAAAGCGGUGGGACCUCUCCUGUCAGUUUUCAUCUGCUUCCUGUAUGGCUGUCAGAGCGCGGCAGCGAUAGGAGCCAAUUUCUGGCUCAGUGAAUGGACUAAUGAUGAACACAAGAACCGAACACAAGAGAAUGUACAAAUGAGGGUGGGGGUGUACGCGGCGCUGGGCAUUUCACAAGGCAUCCUGGUUACAUUCUCUUCCUUUACUCUCGCCCUGGGGAAAAUCCAGGCUGCACGCAAGCUGCACGAGGCCCUGCUGGACAACAAAUUUCACACCCCCCAGUCUUUCUUUGAUACCACCCCUAUAGGCCGGAUCAUCAACCGCUUCUCCAAGGAUAUUUAUGUGAUAGAUGAAGUUCUUCCAUCCACAAUGCUGAUGUUCCUGGGCACCUUCUUUGCCUCUCUGUCCACCAUGAUUGUUAUAAUAAUCAGUACACCCAUUUUCGCCCUGGUCAUUCUUCCCCUGGCAUGCAUUUACUUCUUUGUGCAGAGAUUUUAUGUUGCCACGUCUCGGCAGCUUAAAAGACUGGAAUCUGUCAGUAGGUCUCCUAUAUUUUCUCAUUUUUCGGAGACCAUCACAGGCACUAGUGUGAUCCGUGCCUACGGGCGAAACGAUGCCUUUGUGCUCUUGAGUGAUAUGAAAGUGGAUGAGAACCAAAAGAGUUACUAUCCUGGUAUUGUUUCCAACAGGUGGUUGGGGGUUCGAAUCGAGUUUAUCGGGAACUGCAUAGUGCUGUUUGCCGCUUUGUUUGCUGUCAUUGGGAAGGACAAGCUCAACCCUGGUUUGGUUGGACUUUCGGUGUCAUAUGCUCUGCAGGUCACGAUGUCCCUAAACUGGAUGGUGAGGAUGACCUCUGACCUUGAGAGCAACAUAGUAGCAGUGGAGAGAGUGAAAGAAUACUCAGAGACGCAAACUGAGGCUCCAUGGACAGUGUCAGAAACCUGUCCCCCAUCAGACUGGCCCGCUAUAGGGAAUGUACAGUUUGUGGAUUACAGUGUGAGGUAUCGAGAAGGUCUGGACCUGGUGCUGAGAAACAUCUCUCUGAAGGUGAAAGGAGGAGAAAAGAUCGGCAUUGUGGGAAGAACAGGGGCCGGUAAGUCGUCCAUGACGCUAUGUCUCUUUCGCCUGCUGGAGGCAGCGGAGGGGGAUAUCGUAAUCGAUGAGGUGAAAAUCUCUGAAAUCGGCCUUCAUGACCUCAGAUCCAAACUCACCAUUAUUCCUCAGGAACCUGUUCUGUUUUCUGGAACGCUGCGGAUGAACCUUGAUCCCUUUGGUAAAUACAGCGAUGAUGAAGUGUGGAAAGCUCUUGAACUGUCUCAUCUAAAGAAGUUUGUUAGCAAUCAGACUGCCAAACUCAAUCUGGAAUGCUCAGAAGGAGGGGAAAAUCUAAGUGUGGGUCAGAGGCAGCUGGUGUGUCUGGCUCGAGCUUUGCUGAGGAAGACUAGGAUCCUCAUCCUCGACGAAGCCACUGCCGCCGUUGACCUGGAGACGGAUGAUCUGAUCCAGUCCACAAUCCGUACUCAGUUUGAAGACUGCACAGUUUUCACUAUAGCUCACAGACUCAACACCAUUAUGGACUACACCAGAGUGCUUGUUUUGGACAAGGGAAAGAUAGCAGAAUUCGACACACCGACGAAUCUUAUCGGGCAGAAAGGUAUAUUUUUUGGAAUGGCCAAGGACGCAGGAUUGGUGUGAACCCACUAUGCUGUGAUAAUGCCACGAGUGCCUUUACACAGUUUCAGACUGAAUGCCAGUGAAUGUCAUUUUAUGUUUACUCGACAGCAAGCUACAUGCCAGAUCUUUUAUUAUAUUACUUUAUUGUCUCUUUUUCUAUACUACAGUGCCACUGUUUAUUCAAUGAGAAAGUUUGAUGAUGACGCAGUCUAUUUUUGUACUGUAUUAUUUAAGUCACUUGUUCAAUAGGAAAGAUUACUGCGCAGUUACAUGUGAUUCAUUUUUGUAAACCAAAUCUGUAAAAACUUGAACUCUUUUACCAGACUUGGACUAUCGUGCAUUUAUUAAAACUGUUACGCUGUUUCUCUUAUGUGUGUAUUUUUAUGUUCUUUUCCAAAAGCUCUUUGACCAAAUAAACAAUAGAUACAAACAGAAA